AUGGAUAAGUGGAAAGCUUUCACCUUGUCAAAAGAAGAAGAGGAAGGGGUGGUAGCGGAUGAAGAAGAGAUUAUUGAAGAUGAAUCAAUACAAAGAACUCUUGCUGGGAAAUUGUGGACAGAGAGCAGUUUCAAUACCAGAGCUUUUAAGACUACAAUGCUCAACGCGUGGAAGUUGAAGCAUGCGGUGGAAGUCCAAGAUCUGAGUAAGAACCUAUUCCUUUUCAAGUUCAGCUCGAAGAGGGAUAUGGAGUACGUUCUUAAAGCUGGGGCAUGGAGCUUCGACAGAUCGCUGCUGGUCCUAAACCGCAUUUCGGGAGAAGAACAACCUUCAGAUCUAAGCAUGCACUAUAGCUCUUUUUGGGUGAGAAUCUACGACCUACCCCUUAUGCUUAGAUCCGAAACCAUGGCGAAGAAAUUAGGAGGUAUUGUUGGUACCUUUGAAGAAAUGGACAUUAAGGAAGCUCACAGAAAUGGGAGGUUCCUGCGUAUCAAAGUCAUGGUGAAUCUGAAGGAGCCGCUGAAGCGUGGCACGGUGGUUACUUUCAAGGAGAAGAAAAUAAGGGUCCACUUCAAAUAUGAGAGAUUGCCAACCUUUUGCUUUGUGUGUGGCAGGAUUGGACACCAGAUCAAGGAUUGUGAAGCUGUUGAGGAACUCAAUGAGGAAUGCUUUGAGGAGUUGGAGGAGCAAGACCUUGCUUAUGGACAAUGGCUACGCGCAUCCCCCCUACCUAAACUGAUGGAUGAUGGAAAGAGGAGAGAUUCAAGUUCAAGUCUAUGUAGCAGGGAGCUCUUUAAUGUGUCUUCUAGCCAAAGUCGAUGUGGAACGAAAGGAAAAGAUAGAAGUGAGGAUCUAGAGGUUCAACAAGUCAAUACGACCCCAAAUCAGCAAGCUGAAGGUGACAAGAGAAGGGAAGAAAAUACCAAUGCCGCGGUAGAUGUGGAAACAGUGGCAGAAUCAUUGGGGGCAGUAGCGUUGUCGAUCGAUAAAUCACUCCCAGUGGCCACCACGACUGAGGGUGGGGUGCAGAAACGGAAGUGGAUCAGAAGGAAGCCUUCCAAAAGUCUUAAGAAUGCUGGACCAAAAACCACGAAGCCAAGAUCAACGAAGCGACAACUCGUGGAUGUUAUGGUGGUGGAAGGAAACUUAGAGGAGUUGGGGGUGGGGGAUAAGAAGAGGAAGCAGGUUGCUGGUGACGAUAAAAAUCUCAACAUUGAACCAGAGGUGGUGUUGGCUGACCAACACCGCCUUCACCAAUGA